AAUUUCAUAUGUAGCUUUAAGCUUACCUAAAUAUGUGGCAUGAAACUGCUUAGGUCUUUAAAAAAUUAAGAUUGAGUGUUGAUGACCUUGACCUUUAUUUCGACAUGUCCCUAAUUCGUCUCUGUCUUCACCAAAUGACUGUUCCUGACAUUGAAUAGGCAUGGCAUGUUACCUGUAGGCCAAAAGUGCCUCUUGCAAAAUUUACCAAGAUUGAUACGGUGUCAGGAGAGACAUCUUGGAGACUGGCGUGCCAAACCGUGGCUUCCUCGUCAGAAAAGACCUCUGGAAUUUGCAACUGGUAGAUUGGAAUGGGCAAGGCCUCUGUUGGAACAACAGAAAGAACAACUUGAAAAGGAAGGACAGGAAGAAAUACCAAGUGAACCUCCAAAACUCUUCGCAGUUAGCCGACUCAAGAAAAGUUUAAAGGGUGUUCCAAAAAGGGAGCGAUAUAUUUUGAAGACAUAUUUUCUAGAAGAAAAACAUCGGAAGGGCCCAAGUGAAUAUGUCAUCGUAAAAAACUCGGAAUUUAAUGCCCAGAAUUUGAAGAAGGUCAAACAUUUGAUAAAAAUAGUCCCAAUAACAUUUCCAAAUGGACUUCCAAAAGAUGAAAGUGACUAUCCUCAUACACUCUUGAAGGAAACUGGUGAAUUUAUCGUCAAACCGAGAGUUGAAGGGCAAAUUGUUGAGGAUGAUCCAAAGGGACUUGUUGAUCUCGACACGAAGAAGAAGCAUUUGCAGCGGGUUUUGGAUGGAUCGCGUUUCCUUGCCGAGUACCACCCAGCGCAGUAUCGAUACAAAUUUAAUCAGGAUGGAAAGGAGUAUCGUUACAAUGACGAACUGAGGAAAAAAUGAUCUUGAGACUUUUGUCAAGUUUGUGAUUUCAGCUAGUUUACUAUGAUUGUAAGGCCAGCCUUAUAAAUGUCUAUUUGCAGUUACCUUACCGAAGCUAUUGCAAAAAAUCUUGUUGAGCUCUCUUCGAUAGAUUUUUUCCUGAGGGUCUGAAGAGUGUUUGGGGACAAAACUUGGGCGCUGAAAGUGUCUAAUGAAUAAAUGGGAAAACUUGACCAAAAAUGUUUUGAUGAUGUCCUUGCUAUCAUUUUUGUUUCAAAUAAACACGGUU